UACUUGUAUACGACACCAGAAGAUACUUGUUUCAUGCAAUUAAUUUCUAAGACAAGUGUCCUCGUCAGUGUCUGUAAGUCUCACUCUUUUUACUCAGUCUUAGAGUAGCAACUACAACUGGAAACAAGCGUUCACAUCAAAUUUUGUGGUGCUUCUCUUUCUAAUUUUCCGAAGCAAAAGAAAGAAAAAGAGAGAUUGAGAAACUAAUGGAUUCAAUGUUAGUUGGUUCAUUGAAAAGACCAUCUAAAUCUUUGCACACAUUUCCAGCAACUGUUCAUCUUCCUUCACUCAGAAAUUCAAUCCAAGGCUCAAGGUCUAAAGAAUGGAGUUUUUUGGAGAGAUUUUGUAGUGUGAGGUUCCCGCGACACUUGGUGGGGAAACAGACUGUAACUGGCCAGAAGAGAUCUAUAGUCUGCCCAACAUAUAGUAGAAAACGUCUGGUAGUAGCAUGCUGCGGACAACCGCUUGAAUCUGAGCCUGACGUUUAUGAUUCUAAGACUCUUUGGAAUUCAUUAAGUAACUUUCUGGAUGCCUUUUAUAGGUUUUCAAGACCUCACACGGUCAUAGGAACAGCAUUGAGCAUAGUUUCAGUUUCUCUACUUGCAGUGGAGAGGCUUACUGAUUUGUCGCCUGUGUUUUUCACUGGAAUGUUUGAGGCCAUUGUUGCUGCUCUUUUCAUGAAUAUAUAUAUUGUGGGGUUGAAUCAGAUAUCUGACAUAGAGAUAGACAAGGUAAACAAGCCAUAUCUUCCAUUAGCAUCCGGCGAAUAUUCCACGGGGACUGGUAUCCUCAUUGUCACUUCAUUUGCCAUAUUGAGUUUUUGGCUCUGGUCUGUUGUUGGCUCAUGGCCCUUAUUCUGGGCUCUUUUUGUCAGCUUCAUGCUUGGUACAGCAUAUUCCAUAAAUCUGCCUAUGCUGAGAUGGAAGAGAUUUGCUGUCGUCGCAGCAAUGUGCAUCUUGGCGGUUCGGGCAGUAAUUGUUCAGAUUGCUUUUUUCCUGCACAUGCAGAUGCAUGUCUUUGGACGGCCAGCUGUUUUUUCCAGGCCAUUGAUUUUUGCAACUGCAUUUAUGAGUUUCUUUUCAGUGGUUAUAGCAUUGUUUAAGGAUAUACCUGACAUGGAAGGUGAUAAGAUAUAUGGUAUCAAAUCCUUUACAGUACGACUGGGUCAAAAACGGGUAUUUUGGAUUUGUAUAGUACUACUUCAAAUGGCUUACACUGUUGCCAUUUUAGUCGGGGCAUCAUCUUCCUUUCUCUGGAGCAAACUUGUCACGGUUGCUGGUCACAGUAUAUUGGCUGCUUUACUGUGGAGAAGUGCUAAGUCCACUGAUCUGAGCAAGAAAGCUGCAAUAACUUCUUUCUACAUGUUCAUAUGGAAGCUGUUUUACGCAGAAUAUUUGCUUAUACCACUUGUAAGGUGAAUUAUGGAGCAUGAUGAAGAUGAUUUUGUUAGUGACAUUGUACAUAUAGGAUGAUUUUUAUCUUUGGAGAAGGGUAUCAAUGAAAUGAAAUAUUCGAGAUUUUUAGCUGGAUUGUGCACGUUUUGCCAGUUAUUUUUUCCACAUUUCCAUCAAAAUGAGAUGUGGCCUAUCAUUUUCUUGACCACUUCUUUUUGUGGAUUAGGUUAUUUGAAGAUUUAUAACAAUAUCA